GAAGUAUUCACGCGCGCGCGCAGUUCGUGUUCAUGAAAGUAGUCGUCUUUUCAUCACAUUAAAUAAUUGUGUAUACACUGAACGAUGAGUUAAUUGAGUGUUAAGAUUAUUUAAAUAUAUAUUAGUAAAGCGGUGAUAAUAGCUGAUAAUAAUGGGUCAAAAUAAUAUGAUUUCCGAGACAUAUGAGGUUCAUAAAUCUGAAGAACUUGGGCGCUACCUGAUCGCCGCACGUGAUCUGUCACCUGGUGAUGUUGUAUUAACAGAACUACCACUGGUCUUCGGACCUAAAGCGAUGUUUGAUCCUGAAGCAUCCAUGCCAUGCGUGGGAUGCUAUAAGCCAGUGUUUACUGACGUAGGAGAGAGGUGUUCCAGUUGUGGUUGGCCUGUAUGUUCCGGACACUGUCCAGGGUUAAAAGACCCGCGCCAUCACGGAGUGGAAUGUGCCAUCCUCAGUGCUCGACCGGAAUGCGUCCUUGAUAAUAUGGCUGAAUAUUACAGACAUGAUGCACUAUUGCCAUUACGUUGCGUUCUCCUUCAACAUACGGAACCAGACAAAUGGAAGAAUUUAUUGGAAUUGCAGUCCCAUAUGGAGUGUCGAACACCUGGAACAGAGAUCUUUGACGAAGCAAACGAAUUCAUUGUCGAAUAUCUCAUGAACAGCUUCAUUAAUAAGCUAGAUAAUUCUAUUAAAAACAAAUAUCUAAAAGAAAUAUCCGAAGAUCUACUUCAUGUGAUGUGUGGAAUUAUCGAUACAAAUGCUUUAGAAAUAAGAUUGCCUGAUGGUGCCGAACUAAACGCUUUAUAUUCAACUACAUGCUUAAUGGAACACAGUUGUAUACCGAAUACAAAACAUUUAUUCAAAAUAUCCACAAAAGAUAGUAACAAUUUUUAUCGAAUUACAGUUAAAGCAGUAAUACCUAUUGCCAAAGGUAAUCACAUUGCUACAAUGUACAGUCAUGCACUAUGGGGCACUCAAGCUAGAAGACAACAUUUAAAAGAAACGAAGUAUUUCUCUUGUAAAUGUCAAAGAUGUAGCGACCCAACCGAAUUAGGUACCUAUUUAAGUGCUAUGAAAUGCUUCGGUGACGAUAAAGGACCUUGCGAUGGAAUUCACCUACCUGAAGAUCCAUUGGACGAAGAGACAGAAUGGGCAUGCAGUAAAUGCCCUAUAAAAGUCAACAAUUCACAAAUAAAUAUGCUUAUAUCUCAAAUGGGUGAAGAAGUAGAAAAUGUACAGAUGUUGGGUGGGUCAGUCAACAUGUUGGAAAAUAUACUAUGUCGCCUGUCAACAUUUUUACAUCCUAAUCAUUACCAUCUGUAUUCUAUAAAACAUUCACUAGUCCAGUUAUAUGGUAGACAAGCCAGUUAUAUGUCUGAAGAAAUAUUGGACAAGAAAAUCAAGAUGUGUAAAGAUUUGAUUUGUAUUACGAAAACUCUAGAUCCAGGUAACGCUAGGCUUAGCUUAUAUAGCGCAGUUUUACAUCAUGAACUGCAUUCCGCUUUACUUGUUAAAUCUCAAAAGGCUAAGAGUGACGGGACUAUCAAAACUGUUGAGGAAAUUAAACCAUUUUUAGAAGAGGCUAAAGGAUCAUUAGAUAUAGCAUUACUUACAUUAAGAGACGAUGUCGAAGAAACAUCUGGUAAAAAAUUGUUUAAAGUCAUUGAAGAGAGUAAAAAGGAUUUUGAAAAGUUUUGUAAAGAAAAAAAUAUAAAUGUUUAAAUAAAUUUAUUUAAAACAAAACAAAAGUAAAUUGAACAUAAAUUAAACUCUUAAUUCUAAUAUCACAGUAAUUAAAUUGUCUGGUCACUUAUAUUUUAGAAUAAUUUAUUUUUGGUAACAAUAAAAGUAUCAGAAGAAUCGAUUAUAACGAUAUUUUUAAAAAUUGACUAAUUUCGCUAGCCGCUUCUCGUAUACCAGUUCAAACCGGCUCUUGCAUUAUCAUCAUUCACAGAUGAAACUAUCCAUUCAGUAAAUUUAGAUACUCUCGAAUAUAUUCCUGGCAUUUUAGCUCUAGCGCAACCACUACCAGUGGAAACAACACCAAUCAGAAUAGAAUGUCCUUUCUCUUCAUUGAUCAUUAGGGGGCCACCGCUGUCAGCCUAAAAUUGACAUUCUUCUUAUUAAGGUGUUGCAAUAACGUCUGACGUUCAGUGUUAAUGAUUAGUUUAUUUCAAUAAUAUUAUUAAUGUGUUUUAAUUUACAUUUUAUUAUGACCUUUUUCUCUUAUCAUCAGUUAUUGUAUUUUUGUAUUUAUAUUGUUAAUUAAAAUGAUUAUUGUUAUA